CUCUGUCACUGUUUCUACUGUCCAGCGUUGAGUGUGACUCCGAGGAGGGAUUUUUGGUAUCAUUAUUCGGAAGUUCAGCAAUUGCCGAUCACCCAUAGCCUACCCGUGUCAGCUACAACAGCGGAUUUGUUCCUUCAGUCGACCAUUCCCCACCAUCUUUUGGGCGGCAGGCUGUUUGCUAUUCUUUGUGGAAAAUGAUGACUUCCAGGGACCGAUGGAGAGUUUGCAAGAGGGUGUGUCUGAUGUUCUUUCUGGCUGGGGUCACCCUAACUGUUGUUCAGAGGGGCAACAUCGGCACUGGGCCACAGUUUGAGCUGGAUCGGCAGACCCGGAAGGAGCCUUCUGAGGAGGCCGACGUGCACAAGAGGGGCCCCCACGCCCUGGCCAGUCACUUCUGGAAGCCCAUGAAGCCUAAGAAGCCCAAGCAGGAGGCCUCCACCGAGGAUGAGCCUCACCACGUCACCCAGGAGCACGUCACCCAGGAGCACAUCACCAAGAGCUGGGACAUCACCAGUGCCAACUGCAGCGCCAACCUCAAUUUCACCAGCACCGAGUGGUUCGCGGGGCUGGAGCCCACCUUCAAGCAGUUCCUGCUUUACCGGCACUGCCGUUUCUUUCCCAUGACAAUAAAUCAUCCGGAGAAGUGCUCGGGGGACAUCUACCUGCUGAUGGUGGUGAAGUCCAUCAUCACACAGCACGACCGCAGGGAGGUUAUACGCAAAACGUGGGGCAAGGAGCAGGUGAUCGAUGGGAAGAAGAUCAAAACCCUCUUCCUGCUUGGAGCUUCAUCCAAUGAGGCGGAGAAGGCCAACCACCAGAAGCUGCUCGAGUAUGAGGACUACAUCUAUGGAGACAUCCUGCAGUGGGAUUUCAUGGAUAGCUUCUUCAACCUCACCCUCAAAGAAACACACUUCCUUAAGUGGUUCUCCUCCUACUGUCCAGGUGUUCGCUACAUCUUCAAGGGUGAUGACGACGUGUUUGUCAAUGUGCCAAACAUAAUUGAGUAUCUGGAGAUUAGUUCCGAUGUUAAAAAUCUAUUUGCUGGUGAUGUCAUCUUUAAGGCAAGGCCUAUCCGUAAGAAGGAUAACAAAUAUUACAUUCCACAAGCGCUGUACAACAAGACCCAUUAUCCACCUUAUGCUGGUGGUGGUGGAUUUUUAAUGGAUGGCCCUCUUGCACGAAAGCUGUAUUCAGUCUCUGAGACUUUGGAGCUGUAUCCUAUUGACGAUGUAUUCCUUGGCAUGUGUUUAGAAGUCCUUCAAGUCACACCAAUCAGACACAAUGCGUUCAAGACAUUUGGACUUAUGAGAAACAAGAAGAGCAAACUGAAUAGAGAACCAUGUUUUUUCAGAAGCAUGAUCGUAGUACACAAACUGCUUCCCCCAGAUCUCAUGGACAUGUGGAAACUAGUCAACAGCAACCUUGUGUGCUCACAGAAAGUACAGCUCUUAUAGCCUUGCCAUUUCUUAAAUAAACUUUAUUCUUCGGGACGCAUGUUAUUGGAGACGGACGUCAAUUUUGAGUUUGCUCAAAUUGAAGUACUCCUUUUUUGGAGAUGUAACAUGCAUAAUAAUAUUAAUUUAUGUACUGUGUCAAAGAAGAGAAAUGUCAGUGGCUGAGUAAAUUAUACGAUUUUAUAAUGUGAAUGUAUUUAUAUGCACACGAAAUCUCACUGAACUAUUUCAGUGACAUUUAUUCAGAGGGACUUUGGCAGUUAGCUGCUGGUUGUUAAGGGACAUCUUGCUACGAAACUGUUUGUGGUGUGAAGAACCACAAAGAAAGGAAGAUCCUAGAAAAAAUUCUACCUCACCAACAUUGAUUUGUUUUGUUGGUCAUUUGCAUAAAACACACCAGCUUUCUUUAUCAAAGCCAAAGCGCAGUAUCUGCAAAAAUUCCAAAAUGAGUUUUUUUGUUGUUGUUGUUGUUGUUGUUUGUCUUUCACGGUGCAUUUUAGCAGAUCCUGUCAAAUGAAAACUAUAUCUCUAGGAAAUGUUACUGUAGAUUGAUUGGAGGAUCUGGCAUUUCAUAUUUGGGCAAAAAAGAUACUGCACUUUGGUUUUGUAAGGCAGUGUAGCUCACAAUGGUUAUGUUGAUUUUCAAAACACUCAAAAUGAGAUUGUACUCAUGGAGCCAUUUAGAAGACCAUGAUGCCAUUUCGGUCAGACCUUUUGAAGGGUUUGCACAGUUUCAUAUAAUCAUGAUUCUAACAUACUGUUUCUUCAACAAUAGAAUUGUGCACAUAAAUGCUGAUAUACUUGAGCUGAAUUGGCCUGAGGGUAUGAUUUAAACUGUGAACAAAGAAAAUCGACUGCUGGUACUGGUGACGUUCUGUUAUUUUUAAAAGUUCCUUGUUGCAAAUUAGGGGAUUCAGGGUUUGGGUUUGUUGGUCAUGUUUAGAUUUGACAUGAAAUGUCACCUCUAUAAAUACAAAUAAUGUAUAUAACUGAGAUUUUUCAUUCUGAAAUAUCUGUAAAGGUAUGUACAUACAACAGAAUGAUGUUUGUAAAUAAAUGUUGAACUCUG